AUGUCCUUCCAUACCAUCCCUGUCCUGGACCUCGCGCUGGCUCGAGACCCCAGCACGAAACCCACGUUUCUGCUAGAUCUCCGCCAUGCCGUCCUGGAAGUCGGCUUUCUGUACAUUAAAAACACCGGCAUUGACGAGGCGCUGGUCCUGAAGGCCAUUGCCCAAGCUAAGGAUUUCUUCGAUCUGCCCUUGGAGAAAAAAAUGGAAGUCGAGAUGAAAAACGCGCCGAGCUUCUUGGGAUAUAGCAAACUUGGCAAUGAAAUUACUCGCCUCAAGACUGACUGGCGCGAACAAAUCGACCUCUCCACCCCGCACCCCCACCCCGGCCCUGCCGCGCCCCUCUACCACAACCUCCUCGCGCCCAAUCAAUGGCCUGAUCCCCAGUGCGUGCCGAAUUUUCGCCCCGUGUAUGAGGAGUACAUGAAGCAAAUGGCCGCUAUCAGUAUGACUUUUGUGUCGCUUGUUGCCGAGGCCAUUGGCCUCCCGCCCAACGCCUUCAGUCGCUUCUUUGAUGAGGAUCAGCAGCACAAGUUGAAGAUCUUGAAGUAUCCGGACUUGCAGGCGUUGGGUGUCGAUGGCAACGUGGAGCAACAGGGCGUUGGUCCCCAUAAAGACAGUAUGUUGUCCAGUUACCUGUUGCAAGCGAGCCAUCAUCGAGGAUUGCAGGUACAGAAUCAUCUUGGAGAGUGGAUUGACUGCCCGCCGAUUGACGGGACGUUUGUCGUGGCCAUCGGCCAGGGGCUAGAAGCUGUGACCCAGGGCGUUUGCCAGAGCACCACCCACCGGGUUCUCUCCCCCGCCCCUGGCUCUGGACCUCGAUAUAGUAUUCCCUUCUUCCAGGGCAUUAGCUAUGACGCCACUUUUGAGAGUAUGGCAGUCCCUGAGCAUGUCAAGGCUCUUCGGCAAGAAAUCAAUAAGAGAAAUGGUGUUCGUCAAGACGAUAUUGAGUUUACAUUCUCCAAAGGCCGAUGGGGCCAUCUGGGAGAAGCAACGUUGAUGAAUAGGAUCAAGAGCCAUCCGGAUGUUGGCGAGAGAUGGUAUCCGACGUUGUUGCAGAAGAUCCGGGAAGAGCAGGCAAGUAACAAUCAAGUGGCAGAGAUGCCACAGGGUGGCGUAAAGGAUUAA